AUGUCAGAGGAACAACUCAAAGCCGAGAAAACCGUCGGUAUUAUCGGCCUAGGCGACAUGGGCGCCAUGUACGCCGAAAGAUUCUCCAAGGCUGGUUGGAAGGUGGUUGGUGCUGACAGAGAAGACAAGUACGUUGAGACCAAGGCCAAGUUUGCAGGGCAGGCAUUCCAGGUUCUUCGCUCGGGACACCAUGUUUCUCGUGUUUCUGAUUACAUUAUUUACAGUGUGGAGGCGAAGAAUAUUAAGGCAAUCGUGCAAACAUACGCUCCUUCUACUAAGGUGGGUGCAGUUGUUGGUGGCCAGACAUCAUGUAAAGCGCCCGAGAUUGAGGCGUUCGAAGAAACAGUUCCCGAGGAUGUGGAUAUUGUUUCUGUUCACUCGCUUCAUGGACCAAAAGUUGAUCCAACAGGACAGCCGUUGGUGAUCAUUAAGCAGAGAGCUUCCGAAGAGAAUGCCAAAUUCGUGGAAAGUCUUGUUUCAUGUCUCAAAUCCAAAGUGGUCCAUCUUUCUGCUGCAGAACACGACAAGAUCACUGCUGAUACUCAAGCUGUCACACAUGCUGCUUUUCUUUCUAUGGGCUGUGCUUGGAAAGAAAUCAACCAGUACCCUUGGGAAACACCUAGAUGGGUUGGAGGUAUGGAGAACGCAAAAAUCAACAUCUCCCUUCGUAUCUAUGCCAAUAAAUGGCACGUUUAUGCGGGUUUGGCCAUCACAAACCCAUCGGCCCACGGCCAGGUUCAACAAUACGCACAGUCUGCCACUGAUCUAUUUACAUUGAUGAUCCAAGGCAAGAAGAAAGAGCUCCUGGAAAGAUUACACGAGGCGAAGAACUUCGUGUUUAGACACAACCCUGACCACAAGAGCCUUUUGCUAGACGACGCCAUCUUGAAGGAAUUCUCGUUGCUGAAGACUCCUCCAGAAGGCAGACUGCAACCCAACUCGCAUUUAUCAUUAGUUGCCAUCGUGGAUAGUUGGCACCGCUUGGGAAUUGUGCCAUACGAUCACAUUAUCUGUUCCACUCCAUUAUUCCGUAUCUUCUUGGGUGUUACUGAAUACUUGUUCUGUACUCCUGGCCUUCUAGAAGAUUGCAUUGAAGUGGCAGUGAGUGACCCAUCUUUCCGCCAUGACGAUCUCGAGUUUACCUUUGCCGCUCGUAACUGGGCCAACAUCAUUGCUAGAGGCGACUAUGAGUUGUACAAGGAAACUUUUGAAGAGACCCAGCGUUUCUUCGAGCCCAAGAUUGCACAUGCCAAUGCUAUCGGUAACGAGAUGAUCAAGACCAUCUUACAACGUGUGAAGGAGCGGGAGCAAUAA